AUGUCGGUAAGAAAUCAUACGGCACCCGGUUCCGACAGAAUAAGACCAGAACACCUGAAGAGCCUUCCGCCAGUACUCAUCAACACCCUGGCGAGGCUCUUUACACGUUAUCUGUCGGAAUGCAAGGUUCCUAAACAGUGGAAGACCAGCAAGACCGUGUUGUUGUAUAAAAAGGGAGAUCCACAUGAUAUCGGCAACUAUCGCCCAAUCUGCCUACUGUCCGUCAUCUACAAGCUCUUUACAAGAGUAAUCCUUAAUAGGAUUGAAAAAGUCUUGGAUGAAGGACAGCCAUGCGAGCAAGCAGGGUUUCGAAAAGGAUUCAGCACGAUUGACUACAUUCACACUGUUUCGAAACUCAUCGAGGUAUCACGAGAGUACAAGAUGCCGCUCUGUCUCACCUUCAUCGACUUAAAGAAGGCUUUCGACUCGGUUGAGACGGAAGCGGUCGUGGAAGCCUUGGACAACCAAGGCGUCCCUACUCAAUACAUAAAGGUACUUCGAGAGUUGUACAGUAACUUCACGACCGGAAUUUCGCCAUUCUACAAGAACAUCAUCAUUGACGUGAAGAGGGGGGUCCGACAGGGUGAUACAAUUUCACCCAAAACAUUCACAGCCACCCUCGAGAACGCAAUGCGAAAGUUGGAAUGGGACGACAGGGGAGUGAAGGUUGAUGGUCGGCAGCUACACCAUUUGCGCUUUGCUGAUGACAUCGUUCUGGUAACACCUAGCAUCAGCCAGGCGGAACGAAUGCUGACCGAAUUCGACGAAACAUGCGAAUGCAUCGGUCUUCAGCUGAAUCUACAAAAGACGAUGUUCAUGCGGAACGGAUGGGUCUCGGAUGCCCCAUUCACGCUCAACGGAACGAACAUAUCCGAAUGCACCAGCUACGUUUAUCUGGGUAGGGAACUGAACAUGAUGAACGACCUGACCCCCGAGCUGGGCAGGAGCAGACGAGCGGCUUGGGGAGCGUACAAGAGCAUCGAGGAUGUAGUGAAGAAGACCAGGAACACCCGGCUCCGUGCUCACCUCUUCAACACCACCGUACUUCCUGCUUUGACCUAUGCUUCGGAAACCUGGGCAUUUCGCAAGCAGGAAGAAAACGCGGUGAGCGUCAUUGAACGCGCAAUUGAGAGAGUGAUGCUAGGAGUAUCCCGUUUCACGCAAGUGAGGGACGGGAUUCGAACUUCUCUCCUACGUCAGCGAUUGAAGAUUAGAGACGCCGCCGCGUUUGCCAAGGAAAGUAAAAUAAGGUGGGCCGGACACGUGAUGCGUUUUGAUGACAACAGUUCGACCAAAGCCGUGAGCGACUGGGUUCCCCGCGAUAUUAAGCGCACUACAGGAAGACCGCCGACCCGAUGGUCAGAUUUCUUCACGAAGUCCUUGGAAGAAAAAUAUGAUGCUCUUCGUGUCCCACGCGAAAGGAGGAACCACUGGGCUACUCUGGCACGCGAUCGGGACAAAUGGAAGAAUUACUGGCGCCCGCUCGACCAGUUCGAAGAUCAACGGGAGUCAAGGUGA